GGGCCGGCCUCGCCUCGAGGAGGGAAGGCGGGAGGGCGCGCGCCGGGGCCGCCUGCUCGCUCCCUCGCUCGCUCGCUCCCUCCCUCCGCCGGUGGGUUAGUCAGUCCGUCAGUCCGCCAGCAGCCGGCGGGCCCGCGAGCCGCAGAGGGCCCGAGCCGCGGACGCCGGCGCCUCUUCCAGCCAUUGUUCGUCGGGCGGCUGCAGCGGCGGGCGCGGGAGCCCGGGCCCCGGAGCCACCGCAACGUCAUGACAACAGAAAAGAGUUUAGUGGCUGAAGCUGAAAAUUCACAGCACCAAGAACAGAACGAAGAGGGAGAGGGGGCCACAAACUCAGGCCAACAAGAAACUCGGCUGGAAGAGACUUCUCAAGCGGCCGCUGAGGGAGAUAAUCAGUGUGAGCAGAAGCUGAAAACAUCUAAUGGAGACACUCCGAUACAUGAAGACUUGACCAAGAACAAGGAGCGGACAUCAGAAAACAGGGGCCUGUCACGGCUGUUCUCCUCACUUCUCAAAAGGCCUAAAUCUCAGGUCUCUGAGGAAGAAGGCAAAGAAGUAGAGUCUGGUACAGAGAAAGGUGAAGGAGGUCAGAGAGAGAGAGAAUUUGGAACCAGUCUUGAUGAAGAGAUCAUUUUGAAGGCCCCAAUUGCAGCUCCUGAACCUGAACUCAAAACCGACCCGUCCUUGGAUCUUCAUUCAUUAAGCAGUGCAGAAACACAGCCUGCUCAGGAAGAACGCAGAGAAGACCCAGACUUUGAAACUAAGGAAGAAGAAGGUCUUGAAGAGUGCUCUAAAAUAGAAGUGAAAGAAGAAAGUCCUGAAUCUAAAGCAGAAAGAGAAUUAAAAGCUUCCCAGAAAUCAAUCAGAAGACACAGAAACAUGCAUUGCAAGGUUUCUUUGUUGGAUGACACAGUUUAUGAAUGUGUUGUGGAGAAACAUGCUAAGGGACAAGACUUGCAUAAACGAGUAUGUGAGCACCUCAAUCUUUUGGAAGAAGACUACUUUGGUCUUGCCAUUUGGGAUAAUACAACCUCUAAGACAUGGCUGGAUCCUGCCAAAGAAAUAAAAAAGCAGGUUCGUGGUGUCCCUUGGAAUUUCAUAUUUAAUGUAAAGUUUUACCCACCUGACCCAGCACAGUUAACAGAAGAUAUAACAAGAUAUUAUUUAUGUCUGCAGCUUCGGCAGGACAUAGUUGCAGGACGUCUGCCUUGUUCCUUUGCAACCUUAGCGUUAUUAGGUUCUUACACCGUCCAGUCUGAGCUGGGAGACUAUGACCCAGAACUCCAUGGUGCAGAUUAUGUCAGUGAUUUUAAACUGGCCCCAAAUCAGACCAAGGAACUUGAAGAGAAGGUCAUGGAACUGCAUAAGUCAUACAGGUCCAUGACUCCAGCUCAGGCCGACCUGGAAUUUCUUGAGAAUGCCAAAAAGUUGUCUAUGUAUGGCGUUGACCUUCACAAAGCAAAGGACUUGGAGGGGGUGGAUAUCAUCCUGGGCGUCUGCUCUAGUGGCCUUCUGGUUUACAAAGAUAAGCUGAGAAUUAACCGCUUUCCUUGGCCCAAAGUGCUGAAGAUUUCUUACAAACGUAGCAGCUUUUUCAUCAAGAUUCGGCCUGGAGAGCAAGAACAGUAUGAAAGUACCAUCGGAUUCAAACUUCCCAGUUACCGAGCAGCUAAGAAACUAUGGAAAGUCUGUGUAGAGCAUCACACAUUUUUCAGGCUGACAUCUACAGACACCAUUCCUAAAAGCAAAUUUCUUGCACUGGGAUCCAAAUUUCGAUACAGUGGCCGAACUCAGGCUCAAACCAGGCAAGCUAGUGCUCUGAUUGACAGGCCUGCCCCACACUUUGAGCGUACAGCAAGCAAACGGGCAUCCCGGAGCCUUGAUGGAGCAGCAGCUGUCGAUUCAGCAGACCGAAGUCCCCGGCCCACCUCUGCGCCAGCCAUUGCUCAAAGUCAGGUCACAGAAGGUGCACCUGUCAAAAAAGCAGGGGUUUCUAAAGCACAGAAGGAAACAGCGGAGGCUGAAGUGAAAGGAGAAGAAGUGCCACCUGAGCAGGCUGAGCCGGAGCCCACGGAAGUGCAGAAGGUGGAAAAAACCCACAUCGAGGUCACAGUACCCACCUCAAAUGGUGACCAAACACAGAAGCUUGCAGAAAAAACUGAAGAUCUGAUAAGAAUGAGGAAGAAAAAGAGAGAGAGACUAGAUGGUGAAAACAUUUAUAUCAGACAUAGCAAUUUAAUGUUGGAGGAUUUAGGCAAGAGUCAAGAAGAGAUCAAAAAACAUCAUGCCAGCAUCAGUGAGCUGAAAAAGAAUUUCAUGGAAUCUGUACCAGAACCACGGCCUAGUGAAUGGGAUAAACGCUUAUCCACUCACUCCCCAUUCCGAACACCUAACAUCAAUGGCCAAAUCCCCACAGGAGAAGGAGUGAAGAAAACCUCUGUCCUUCCCUCGGAAAGAAAGGUUGGUGGGCCAGAGACACAGGAACGUGCUCUGUUAGUGCAGGAUGAAGAGAAAAUUAAAAGGCAAGAGAGAUCUACUGAAAGAGCCUUGCCCCAGCAAGAAAAUGAAGAAAUUCUUCCCAAGGUUUCUAUUCCAAUCCCCGAGGAUCACAAGUCUCUCAAAAAGUGCCACCUCUACUCUAGUACUUUUCCAUAUCCUCGUAUUCCUUUUAUGAUGUCUUUUCUUGUGGUUCUUGUGUUGGCUAUUUGGUGGUUGGUCUUUCUGUGAUCGGAAAACAGGGUGCUCAUCUGAAACGUCAAGACUAAAACCCUUGAACUUUUGUCGUUGGCUUCUGCUGUGUUACCUCCUGUGUGAUGCCCUCUGAUCGUGAUAGUUCACUGUCCUGGAGGAGCUCUUGUGAUCACUUUUCUGUCAAUAAAAUGUCUCUUUGUAGAAUGUGUAUCGUGGGCUACAAAGGAGUAGCAAUGGAUUGCCCAAGCCAGCUUUCCUUGCUGAAGUUUAACGCAUUUAGAUUUAAGCAUAUGGCAGGUUGGUACUUUCCCCAAAAGCUUUAACUCUUCUAUCCUGCAUGUUCUUAUUCUUCACUGUUGCUGUGCCCUCCUCUCCAAUGUUUCACACAAAGCAAGAUACUCUGUAGAAACAUUUGAUGGGAUAUUUUCCUAAUCUUCUAUAGUCAUUUGUGUGGCAUGGGCUCUGUAGUUUAAGAAAAAAAUUGAACUUGCUAUCCUUUCAAAAGCCUUAAAAUGAUACGUUUUAAUCUAUGUAUCCAUAACCACUCCUUUUCUUGAGAUAUCAAACAAGUCUAUACAAAGGCCUUUUUUGGAAAAGGGCUUUUGACUUCUGUGGCCUUCUUAUGUGUAUAUCUGAGAUGUAUAGGACAAACAACUUUAUCCUGCCUAAUGUAUAGAAGAGAUAUGCAAAGGUUGAACACCAUCUUUUCACAGGUAGAAUGUUGAUGGUUUAAGUAAAAUGGUGCUGGUGCCCCUUAGCCUCCAGCCAGGGCUGAAUUUCCCAGACUGCUCUGCCCAUCUUUAAAAGUCCUGGAAUACAGAGUUAUUCAAGAUCUGUACAUAAACAUCCCCUUCCCUGAAUUAAAAUACUGUGUUACCUCUUUAUAACUUGAGUAAUUAUAUUGCUAAAAGCAAUAUUUAGCCAUUUAAUAGCUUAAAAUAUGUAUCGAUGUAUUUUGUUUUCCUGAUAGACUUCAGACCUGUUUAUCCUUACAUUUGUGUUGAAAUCAAUUGUUUUUAGUCCAUGGCCUUGUGAGCUAAAGUUCUGUUGUGACAAGUAUGUGUCCUCUGUUUGCAUGUUGAUUUUUAAGGCUUCGUGAAGUAAAUAUGAGUGUGCUCUCUCUUCACAACACAACUUGAAUGCCUAAUCUGUUGUUUCUUACCUCAAUAUUAAUGAAAUUUUGCAUGUAGCUUGCUGUUUCUGGCACUUGAAUGUACCAAUGUGGAUAAUUUGUUUAAUGUCUCAAAUAUUGGUUUCGAAAUCUGAGUUCAUAAGGUUAUCAAACUGAGAUUAUUGUACUUUGUUUUACUUCUCAAUGCUUUUCAGUUGAUGAAACCUGUAAACAAGAAUUUUUGUUUUUAAGAUGAUGGCUUCUUAGAGCAAAAAAAAAAGAGAAGAGUAAAGCCAAGAAUCUUUUGUCUUUCAACACCAACCACUAUUGUUCUCUUCUCUCUGGAGACAUGUAGAAAUAAUUCUCUGGUGUUUCCUGACAACUGCUACUCUGUCAUCAUAGGCUUUCCAAAAAAACGGGAAAAGAAGCAAAGAGCGGGUUAAAUUUUAAAAUCUGGUAUAAUUGUGUAUCUUUCAUGUCACAGGCUAUGUCUGUUUAUAACACAUAUUUUGUAAUUAAGCAUAUUUAUUGAUUCACUCAUAAUAAGAAGAGAGAGGCCUCAAAUCAACCUGAAAUAUUACAAAGUUAUUCUCUAACACAGAAAGUGAUCAUCAUAAGUACUCCCCUUUAUCUAUGAAAUAGAGAUGCAAGAGCUUUCCUUAUGAAAUACAGAACUAUAGCAUUGGUUAGAAUCUUUUAAAAUUUUUUCAAGGGACUAAAAAGGAAAUAAUCUUAGAAUUUUAUUGAUACUUUUAUAACUUUCAGGUCAUAUUUCCAGUUUUCAUCCUUGUACAUAGCUUUUUAUUAAUUAUUAUUGUAAAACUUCACCUUGAAUUUUGUUUCCCUUUGUAUUAGAGUUAUUCCAAGUCCGUUAAGAGUCUAGAGUAAGCCAGCAAUCCUUUCAGUUUUCUGAAGUGUGGCAGGAGUUCUCAGAAAUCUUUACUGAUGGUCAGAGGAGAGGCCCUUUUUUCUAUUAAUAGGGUAAGAAUGGUUGAGAAGAAAAGGGCCAAGCCUUCGUAUUGGACUAAGUGGGCCAGUGCAGACUCAAAAGAUAUACCCAUCAGAGUUAUCAGUGGAAAAAUACUGGAUGUUAUACCUUUGUACGACCUAAACUUAAUGCUGCCAAUGUCUGUAACAUAAAGCUGUGAAUAAUCUUGAUUUCCUUCUCUCGUCUCAUUCCAUUCUCAAUACCAGAGACAGGUCCAAAUAACUGUGUAUCGGUUUUACCCUGGUUCAGCUUCUUAAUGGCAGGUUGAUAAAUAAAAAACAAUAUCUUCUACAGGUAUCAAUACAGACCAGUAAAAAGUCUUGGGUGUUUGCCUUGGUUUUGCUAUUAGUCGUUUCUAGGAUGACUCUGAGAAGUUCACUUAACUACUUGGUGCCCAGAAUUCCACCUAGUAAUGUAGAGACAAACCUACCUCGUGAGAAUGACUCUGUAGCCUGUUCCAGGAGCCAGAAGCCCUGGCUGUCAUUCCAUUCUUGGUCCUUUGGGGACUGGGAAGAUGGAAAUUAAAAAACAAAAAAACACACAUUAACUUCUUGGAAUUUUUUAUGUGAAAGUAAGCAAUUAAAUAGCUGUGUUUAUUUCCAUCUACUCCUUUGACCAAGCACUUAAAACUGGUAAAGUUAAAAAAUGUCUUUCCAGAUUCAUCAUCCUCUUAAGCAAUUCAUCUUAUCCAUAUGGUAUACUUAGGGUGGACCAUAUUUGAAAAGAAACCCAGCAUCUAUAUUUUGGACCUAUCUUUUAGCCAUUUUCUUAUGCUAACACUUGGAAUAUGAAGGAGAUUCCGUUUUCAUAGGUCAGUUUUACUACUUGUUUACAUCUUUGGUAAAAGUUUUGAAGGGAGAAGAUUUUGACUCUGUUGACUAAAAUUAGACUGGGAUUAACUGUGGGUUAGAUUUCCAGUAGUCAUCCUAGAUCCUAGUACAUUUCUUUCUAUUAAAUAUUAUUGUAAAUUUUACUCUGAUAUUUCUGUGGGUAGAAGCCGAUUCACUUUUUCCUACAUUCCUAAGUCACUUCUGUAACUUCCUACAGAUAAGCAUGUAGGACACACUAGGCAUUAGAGGUUUGGUUGUGAUUUAGAAGGCAUUACCAAUCAAAAUUUGUGCUUGGGCUUUACCCAGUGAUCACCUAUUUGCAAAAGGAAGACAGAAAACUCAAAAAGAAUAUGAGACACUUUCUCAUUAUUGCUUUUUUUUUGGUCAAGGGUAUGGAAUAUAUUAAAGAUAUAUAGAACUUCUCUACAGAGUUCUUCCCUUCUGUUCUUCACAGACAUGAUAAAAUUCCAGACUUUUACAACAUUCUCUACUGCAUUGAGAAAGACCAUUAUAUCAUUUCUAUCAUACAUAGAAAUUUCAUUUUUUUCAUUGCACUCAAACUACCCCUGUUGUUGUAAUUUGGGUACCAGAAACAGAGACAACUCCUUAUUCUUCUCUAUGAUGCAUGGCCUGUGGGAUGCUCUAUCUGCCUCCUCCACACUGGGCGGUAGUAUCAGUGAGCCUGCUCUCAUGCCUGCUGCUGUUACUCUCAUGCCUCAGGAUCUCCUUUUCUACUGCAGCAGAACAUGACACGAAAAGAAACACAUUGAUGCAGACCUAGGAAUGGUGGAGAAGGUAUGGUUAGGGUGAGGAACCCAUAUAAAGCUAGGCUGGAAGGAAGAGGGGUGGCUAUGAUCAACAGUUACAAAUUCAUGGACUAUUUCAUUUUGUAAACGAAAUUCCUGUCAUACUAGAACUUGAAAGGCAAAAAGAAGACAAAGGAAUUUAUUACUCCCACAGAUCAGAUAUACAGGCUAAACACUAAAUAACUUUAAUAGCCUAACUAAAUAUAUAGAUGACAGAUUGUUGAAGAAACAUCUGCUUUAGGAAUGCUUUUCUAAUCUUUUGUGAUUGAUAUCCUAGAGGGUAGCUUCCCCCUUUAUUGUAGUCAAAAAUCCUGUUUGGGGUAAAUAAUAGAAUAAAUGUAACAUUUCAAAGAUGAAGGAGGCGGGGAGGCAGAAAGUCCCAACCAUCUCUUCAGGUCCCCCAAAAACAAUAAAGGAUACAGUUUAGUCUCUCAUUUUCUCCUCUACUGUCUCUUUAAGGAAAAGUCUUCAGAUGUGCAGGAUCUUAUUUCAACAAAACAGGAUAAGAAUUAAGGGAAAAACAUGGUUCCUGCUAUCGAUUCAUUUGUUCACUGCCCACUAGGGCAUUGUAUUACAGCGAUGCAAAGAGUCAGCGUUAUCAGAAAUUUAGAAUCGGACAGGCCCCUCAUCCAACUCCUCUCCCUCCAAUGCUUGAUUCUUUUGUACGGUAUCAGUUAGAGAUUUAGAGACCAAGUGGUGUCCCAGCCUGUGAUUAAAUAUCUCCCAAGAUACAACACGUCUCAUCUUUGGACAUCUCUGAUUUUUAUAUAGAAAUCAUUCUUAUAUUAAGUCAAAAUCUGUUUCCCUAUAGCUUUUACUUCUUGGUCCUGAACGAAGGCAUUCUGAAGAAUUUUCUAUUUUCCACAUUAUAAGCUCUUCACAUAGUUAAAAGUAAUUCUCACAGUUGGAAUUAGUCACAAUUCUUGCCCUCAGAUACCUUAUCAUCUAAUAUUCAGAUCUGUCUCAGUCUUCCUCCUAGCAUGUUAUCCUUCCGCUUUCUUCCUUUCUUUUUCUACCUUUCCUUGUUUUAUCAGCUCUUUUUCUUUAUUCUGGCUCUAUUGCCCAUAGUGCUUUCCUAUGGUUUAUUCAGCUUUAUGUCCCUACUCAUUGACUUACCCUCCCUAAAAGAACAUUUUGAAAUUCCUGGAAAUCCCAGCUUCUUCAUAGAUAACACAGGUACUUGGAAUUUUUUUUUUUAGAUAAAAGAGUCGGGGUGGGAUAGUUUUGUAUGUUUGGAAACUUCUUGUAGCCCAGAAUCUGUUGACAAGGUAGCAUCACUAUUAUAUUUUGAAGAAGCACACCACCAGAGCCUGCAUUCUAAGUUUGCUCGCCUUCUUUGAUAGCCUGACUAACCUUUACAUACUUUAGCACACCCAAGUGAUUUGAUUUAUACUGGUGUGAUAUGAUAAAAUUAUGCAAACUUUAGAUCCCCACCAGAAAAAGUGACAUUAAAAAUUUGAAAUGUUGGUAAUCCGUCUCUUUUAGUUUGUGCCUGUCUUCUCAAAACCGUGAAAUUCUCAAAGGUGAGAGGCCUUGUUUUACUCAUCUCUGUUUGCCAGUCUAUUACCUUUGUAUCUCAGAUAUAUAAUAAAUAAUUAAUAUUUAUUAAAUUGAAUUAAAUGAUUAGUCACAGAUGGUUAUGAAUAAACUCUAACUUUUCACUUACAAUCUCUUGUAUUAGGACACAAAUUUGUGCCAAGUUAAUUACCAUAUGCCCACUCAGUACCUGCAGGUAGCCCAAAAACCCAAAAAUGGCCCAGAAGUCACUGUCUCUCUUGUUAAUCCUGUAGUAUGGUCCCUGGUUUAUUCAAAGAAUCUACGUGUAUGACUCUGUGGUAGGUGUCAGUCUCUCUUGUUAAUGUCUUGUUAUUUGGUUCAACUAAAAGCUUUUAUCCAUUUACCACAGGUAAUAAUCAACUAUUUUCACUGUAGAACAUAUUAUUGAGACUGGGGUGCUUGUCUGUAUGUAUAAAUUCAUCUUGGAGUGUGAUAUCAUAAGGGGAACCUGUUAUUUGACGAUUUGUAUUUAUCUAAAAUACAAUACAGAGAGCACUUUGAUACAUUUGUCCUGUGUUUUACGUGAUAUGAAAACACCAGACGUAUCAAACUCCUGUGAUAUAAGAGUUUUGUAUAUCAGAUAGACCAGGGGUUGGCAAACUUUUUCUGUAAAGGACCAGAUAAAUAUUUUAGGCUCUACAGGCCAUGUAGUCUUUGUCAUAACUCAGCUUUGCCAUUGUGGAGCAAAAGCAGCAUACGCAAUAAAUAAACAAAUGAACGUGAAUGUGUUCCAAUUAAACUUUAUUUAUGGACACUGGAAUUUGAACUUCAUAUAAGUUUGUGUGUCACUAAAUACUAUUCUAUUUUUUUCCCCAACCAUUUAAAAAUGUGGCUCAUAGCCAUACGAAAACAAGGAGAGGGCUGGAUUUGGCCUGCUGGCUGUAGUUUGCUGACCCCUGAUAUAGGUCUAAGAACCAGAGCUCUGAUUGAUUACAUUUUCUGCCUUUGUCCUGUUUUGAAGAGCUGUAGCUGUGUCUUAGCAUCUUCAUUCAGUGUUGAAGUAUUUUUGGUCUUGUUUAUGAUUAGAAAUGGAAAACAACAGACAAGGCAUUUGUUUCUGGCUAUCUGGCGGUCAGGGUACAUCUGAAGUAUCUGUAACCACCACAGCACCCCUGCCCUCGUCAGUUUUCCAAAUUGUUCUAUGUUUACUGUGUCCUAACAUAGUCAUUGAUGAAUCCAGCUAACCCUUUUGUUCUGUUUGGUUUUGAAGGGUCUGCCUCCAUUUUCCCCUAAGGAAUAAAGAAGCAAUUCCCACAUUCAUCUUCUCUUUAGCCAAGUUUUAGAGCUAUCUAGGGAACAUGGUAAAGAAAGUGAAAUGAUUUUCACUCUGAACUUUUGGUACACCUUAAUGUUUCCAGUAGUUGGAUAUAUUUGAGGUUGGGUAUCUAAGGAAAACAUUUUAGAAGGGUUCCUCUUUCAAAAUAGAGAUUUGUCUGAGAAGAAUUCCCCAAUUCAGGGCCUAUUUGGGUGGUAUUUACCAAUAAGCCAGAAUAAAAUAAAGUUAUAUUCUUUUGGGAGGGUCUUUGCUCCCUGCUUGAUGUGGCUGUGUUCAGAAGGAUUUCUUGAUCUCUAUAGCUUUGGGAGUGCUUUCUAGUAAGUCCCUAAACCUGUGUUCCUUUCAGUUUCCUGGUCCAGGAUCCUUCAGCCCUGAUGCUCGGUUGAAUAAAUUGUUCUUCCAUUAGCAGUUCGGCAAGGUGUAUAAGCCUAAAGAAAUCUGCUAAGAACUUCUCUUUGGAACAUUGUCUUUGAUAUUUUUCUCAUAUUAUUUGCUCUGUUAAUAUGUAAAUUUAUCAUGAAUAAAUCUUAUUGCAAAUCUGA